UUGGCCGCCGUGUGAGUGCCGUGACACAUCGCAAGGACGCUUCUCUCUACGGAGCCAGAUGGAGCAAGAGCUCGCUGUGGAGUCGCCGUGGAUCUUGCGAACGAGAGAUGACCGCAGCGCGUAACGAACCAGCCUAGCAUGAAGAGACUCGGGCGCCAACUAUUUGCUCUUCGCGAUCCUCAGCAGACUCACCUAGAUGGCUACGGACAGUCCCACCUGAUGAGAGCCAAGGUACCACUUCUUGCGAGGGUCGAGGCGUCGCUUGAUGCUGGAGGCUGCGAGAAGAGUGGAUACUAUGGGAGGAUACAAGGAGCAGGACGUCAGAACAUGUUAGUUUUCUUUUCUGUACAACGUAUUGCCAAAAGAUCCACAACGAGAAAGAUGGCCCGAGUCGCGCGCCUCCUCUACCUCCUGAGACGAGCUUUUGUCCAGCUAGUCAGACCACGCCUGUUGGUGGUUCGUAAAGUCGAGACCGACCUCAGCUCCAGCUUCCUCACCAUGACAGGUAUCGAAGGCAGGUCGCGCGCCAGGAUUCCGGUCAAUGCUUGCGGCUCGAGGGAGAGGAUGGACGCACGCGAAAAGCCCCCCACCUCCUCUUUCGGGUGGGUGUGUCAAUUUGCUUCGGCUACUGCAGGGGCCAAGCAGCAGGAUACAAUGACAAAAUCUGCUCUAAGUGUGACUCACCUCCAAAAGUCGAGACCACAAGCAAUGAAGCUGCACAGGAGCAAUUGACGUUUGACCCGCCGAAUCCAAAUGAGAAGCUUCUCCUCAAUUGCUGCAGGGGUGGGGCGGAAUUGUUCGGACUGUGGUGACACGCUUCGAAGGGUCCAGUCCCCCUUCAAAUUUCAAGGAUUUCCCAAGAUCUAGCGUUGAUGACGAAGCUCCUCGGCAGCUUGCGGCUUGACCUGUUGCUACAAAUGUUGCACGCGUGGCCAAGGGCUGAGAACGAGGCCAGUGCGAGAUUGACAAGGUCCGUGCUUCAAAG